UAAACAGAACGGGGCACCCGAAGCAACAUUCCUCGAUCGAUCCCCGAAGCGUGAACACCAUGAAAUUGGUCAUUCUUGCAUCUAUAAUUGGGGCGUGCGCCGCCGGUGCCCUGCCCGCCUACCUGCCCCCACAGUUCAGGACAGCCCCCACGUACUACCAGGAGUCUUAUAGACCCCGAGCUGGACUGGAAAGGAGCGCCGCUAUACUAAGAUCCGUCUCAGAUGUCAACGAGCGGGGAUUCCAUUACGCGUUCGAGACUGAGAAUGGUAUCCAAGCUGAGGAAACGGGCCAUGAAGCGAACGGCAUCCAAGCCCAGGGCAGUUACUCGUACACCGGUGAUGAUGGCCAGGUCUACAGUGUGAGGUACACUGCUGACGCCAACGGUUUCCAAGCCGAAGGCGCCCACCUGCCUACUCCUCCACCAUUACCUGAGGCUAUAGCGAAGGCUCUACAGGAGAACCAGCGGGAUGAAGCCAACGGGAUCUUUGAUGAUGGCAGCUAUCACGACGGCAAAUAUGGCGAUUCUGAUGUAGUGGUCGCAAGAGCUCAGUUUCAACCCAACAGGCAAUAUUACACUCCCGGUUUCAGAUCCACCGGGUACCGAUAUUAAGCCACGCAUGUUGAAGGCCCUUACAAGACACAAACGGAAUUCGAGACGGUCAAACAAAUCGUUCGACACUGAAUCAUAGAUUCUUCAAAAGACAAUGCAAUUUAAAAUUGUGAUGAUGGAAUCAUCAUCAUUCUGCACUUCUCUCAGUUAUUUGGGAUCGGCGUAAUAUGAUUUUGUACACAAGAUUUUUUUUUACGACUGGUCGCUUGUCUGGUUUUACCAGAGGGAGACUUUGUACAAAAGUCGAUUGCUUGGUUACCUCUGUCCUAUUCGUGUUUCAACCGUGAAGCAGUUGUGUUUGCAUGGCUGUGUUUCGGUUUGGAGGGUACGAUAUAGCGUAAAUUUACUGGGUACAGAGGAAUAACAUCCGAGUCCUCUGGAAUGGCAACGCAUGAGGGGUACCAUGGGCGAAACAGUAUACUUUGUCCAUGGUACUGCUCAUAUCUAUAGGCGACGGUUACCAUUUUCCAUCAGGUGGGCUGUCAGCUUGUUUGCCAUUCUAAGUUGUAUAAAAAAAAGUCCAUCAAUAAUAAGGUAUGAAAAUAUAAGUACCAGAACUAGAAUUUUUAUAAAAAAUUCAAACGCGUAAAUAAUUGAUAAACCAUUGAGUGGAUCAGUCUUAUAACAACUAACAAAUGUUUGCUUCGAACUGAAAUCCAUGUGUUUUUGAAUUUAAUUGUUUGAUGGUCUCGAUGCUUCUUGGGCAUGAAAUUUGUCUAUUUUAUUCUAUUUCCUGAUUCUAUUUUUAAAAUUUUCAAACGAUGUUCUAAAUUUGAAUAUUUAAAAUAAGAUCAGGAAUUAGAAUUGGAAUAGAUAUUUGAUGAUUUGUAAAAUUGCAAAUACGACAAAACUACCUAUUAAUUAGUGCCAUUACGUACAUAGGUUUUUAAGAAUUUUUACUACACAGUUACUCAAUAAAAUGAUUAAAUGAAAAAUGCA